GUACUAAACACUUUCUUUACUCGCGCAACUGUAUGAAAAUAAAUAAAAACGGUCGACGUCGCCGGCACUUAACGCCGCCACUGUUACCAAGAACAAACAUAAAGACAAAUUGUUAUAUAAUGAUUUAUUGAUUUUGUAUAUACUUUCAUAUGCAUUUAGUAAAAAGCUGUUAAUUUAAAAUUACAGACACUUAAAUUUUAUUUAGUCGUAUAGGUUUUCAAUUUUAACGGGUAAAUACCAGGUUUGUAAUUUACUAUUAUUUGAGAAAGCCAAAAUCAAUAAAUUGUAUCUAUGAUUUGUAAUUCCAACUGGUAAAUAGCCCCCGCUUUACUUUGUUCCCUUAUAAAAUUAAUUAUUUAAUGGCAUUCCUUACGUGACACUUUUAAUUUAAUCAAUACUAUAAAACACUUGGGAAAUGUUUUUGGUUUAAAGUAGCUUUAAUAGUUUAUAGUAGUAAUUGGUAAUGAGUAAGGAGUAACCACGCUUUUAAAAGUGGUCCGAGGUCCCAGUUUAAAAUUCGGACUUUCUGGCGUUUUUUCCAUAUUUAUUCUGGCAACUCUGUUGAUAAUUUGCUCGUUUCACACAAAUAACAACAGAUGUAACCACUGCUUUAAGAUAAAUGCCGCCAUAAACAAUUGCAAAGGAACAUGCACAAAGCAUUCCACGUCGCAUUCAAGAUUUAUUAUCUAACUUUGCAUAUUUCAUUUCAAUAUAUUGUACCUAUUGUGAAAAAAAAUGCAAUAUUACUAAAAAUAAAAUUGUAAUGUGUAAGCUUAUAAGUUUGUUUAAAUUUUCAUGUUCUUUGUACAAAAAUGUGUUCGACUGAAGGACUAUGUAUCCAAAGUCCUGAGUAAAGAUUUUUUUUUAUAUUGACGUUUUAUGUAAUUGACGUUGACAUUUUAAGUUACGGUAUUCUGGUUAUGUAUGAUUUUAAUUGACUUUAUGCACUAUUUUUUAUUAUUCUCUGUAACGAAAAUAGUAAUAAAAUAAUAAGAGAAACUAUAGGGAUUUUCUGUCUAUAAUUACUAUUACGGCCAACAGUUAGGUAAGACUAAAAAUGCCGGUACCUGGAGGAAUGUACCAAAAUCAAGGUCCAUCCUGUUUUGAUAAAAUGAAAAUGGGUUUUAUGAUAGGAUUCUGUGUUGGGAUGGCCAGUGGCGGUCUAUUCGGCGGUUUUACAGCUUUGAGAUACGGAGCUAGGGGACGUGAGCUAGUCCAUUCUGUUGGAAAAGUAAUGCUUCAAGGCGGAGGAACCUUCGGUACCUUCAUGGCAAUUGGGACUGGAAUACGUUGUUAAUAUUAUAGUAGUGAGCUCAUAUGUUAAUUUUGUAUAUACUUAAUACUAAAAAUAGUUUAUCAAUUUGCAUAAUUACCUAUUACAAACAUAAUUAAGUUAAUAGUUGUUUAUUUUAUUUAGACACAGGUUCACCUCUAAUAUUUAAUGGAAAAGGCAUUCUAUGCUAUGUACGAAAGUAAAAGAUUUUUCUUCCACAUUAAACCUAACAAAAAAAACUUAGCUAUUUCAUCUAAAUUAUUUUUUAUAUUUUAAUCUGUUUGAAUGGGAUGAAUUAAUAGAUCCUUUGCGAGUGCAAAGAACUUUGGUGCCAUUAGACACCCAGUUGAUUGUGCUAGAUGGUGUGUAGUUUUUAUAGAUGGAUGGUAUUGGUAAGACAGUGAGGGAAGAAUGGAAUUUGUUGUGAUUGAAUUGAAAAGUGAUGACCAAAAUAACAGUAAUAUGCAAAAUACUACUGUAUGUUAAUUCUACUAAAAAAAGUAGCAGGUAUAAUAUAGCAACCUUAACUUAUACUGACUAAAGCAUCUAGUUGCCAAGAAAUUAACAAACUCACUUCACAAUUGUUAGGAUCAUAAAUAUAGAUGUAUUAAUU